AUGUUCCAGACGCAUUUAUCUGGAUGGAGGAUAUAUUUACUAGUGAUCGUGUUCGUACUAUUAGCACAAUUGUCGAGUUCGGUACCAUUACUGAUGAACGUCCUCACCAGGCGCAACAAUGCUAAUGGGCCGCGGGAUGACGAGAGCAUGCUGGUAGGUUUUGUUAUGGAAUAAUUUUUAAAAUUUAAAAAUUUUUUGUUUUGUAAAGAAAAUUCUUGUCAUUUUUUGGUUUUUAAAAAAAGUUUUUGCCAUUUUUUGAUCUGUAAAGGAAGUUCUUGCCAUUUUUUGAUUUGUGAAGAAAGUUCUUGCCAUUUUUAGUCUUGUAAAAAAAGUUCUUGCCGUUUUUUGUUUUGCAAAGAAAGUUCUUGCCAUUUUUUAAGUUGUAAAGAAAGUUCUUGCCAUUUUUUGUUUUGUAAAGAAAGUUCUUGCCAUUUUUUAAGUUGUAAAGAAAGUUCUUGCCAUUUUUUGUUUUGUAAAGAAAGUUCUUGCCAUUUUUUGUUUUGUAAAGAAAGUUCUUGCCAUUUUUUUCAAAAAUUUAAAAUUUCAGGACUGGUUCUCAAAACGGUCCAUCGACUAUUGCGGCUGCAACAUGGGCUGCUUCUACCAGUCGGCUUCACAGUGUGCGUCGUGCUGUGCGUUGGGUUUGUGA